CUUGUAUUACUUCAAAGCUUCAAGAACCAUAUUUCUUUCUCGUCUUUUGGAGUAAAAUGGAAGAACAAGGGCAAGACCCUAACAGUCCAAGCCAAGGGUCGGAGCGAAACGAACCAGUCAGGUCAAGGUGGACUCCGAAGCCAGAGCAAAUCCUAAUAUUAGAGUCUAUCUUCAACAGUGGAAUGGUUAAUCCUCCCAGAGAUGAGACGGUGAGAAUAAGAAAACUGCUUGAGAAAUUCGGUUCAGUUGGCGAUGCAAACGUUUUCUACUGGUUCCAGAACCGCCGGUCAAGAUCUCGCCGCCGACAACGCCAGAUGCAGGCCAGCCUUGAACAGAGAAAUCAAGCACAAGUAGCCAGUAGUGCAACUCAAUUCGAGAGUACUAGCUCUGCUUUGGGUUUCGGGCCUGUAUCAUCGCCUUCUUUUGCCUCCCAUCCAUCUUAUCACGUUGGUUCUUCGUCUUCAUGUGGAGUUCUGGGCAACGAUGGCGUUGAUCACUCUCUCUUUUCUCUAUCUGGUCAAAUGGGUUUUCCGGAAAUCGAGCAGGGCUCGGCCGUAACGCCUGCAGGUUUAUGCCCUUCGGAUGCUUCAGAUUUGCAAUACCAAACUGGAUUAAUUACAGUGUUUAUCAAUGGGGUUCCCACUGAAGUUCCAAAGGGGCCACUUGAUAUUAAGGCAAUGUUUGAUCAAGACGUUGUGUUGGUCCAUUGCUCCGGAGUGCCGGUUGCUGUCAAUGAAUUUGGCUUCUUAAUGCAGGGCCUGCAGCAUGGUGAAAGCUAUUUCCUGGUUUCAAGACAAACAUGAGAAAUAAAGCUGCGCCAACCAGUACUGGAAGCUUGGCAAGAUGUGUUUUUACCCCCGCUCUAUUUCUUUUCUCUGUUCGCAGCUAGGAUUUGUCUAGGCGGUCCCAGGGGUACCUAUAAUUUUAAAAAUAAUAUUUUAUGAUUAUUAGAGACCAAUUUUAUAAUAUGCUAUUAUGUUCUAUAUAAAUCAGUUCUGGACUUCGGUUAAAUCUGUCA